CUCGAGGCCCCGGCUCCCAGCGCUCCCCUCCCGCAGGAGAACGCCAAGAACGAGGAGAUCCUGAACUUGCUCAAGUACGUCCGGCCCGGCGGCGGGUUCGAGCCCAACUUCACGCUGUUCGAGAAGUGCGAGGUGAACGGCGCGCAGGCGCACCCCCUCUUCGUCUUCCUGCGGGAGGCGCUGCCCGCGCCCAGCGACGACGCCACGGCGCUCAUGACCGACCCCAAGCUCGUCACCUGGUCCCCCGUGUGCCGCAACGACGUGUCCUGGAACUUCGAGAAGUUCCUGGUGGGCCCGGACGGCGUGCCCGUGCGCAGGUACAGCCGCCGCUUCCCCACCAUCGACAUCGAGCCCGACAUCGAAGCCCUGCUGGCCCAGGUCCCCGCCAGUGCCUAGGCCGCCCGCUCACCCACCGGCCUCUGGGGGUGUUUAUCCAUGAGGGUGUUGCCUCUAAACCUACGCGGAGGAAUGCCUGAUGCCCUGCCAAACCCCCCCAGCUGCGCCCUGGUCCUGCCCACCCCAGCCUCCCCCUCCCACACAUGGCUUUCACAAUAAACUGCCCUGAGUCAGCGGA